UUUUCUUCUCUAUCCUGUUUCUUCUCUUCUUCUCGUUUCUUCUCCUCUCCUUCUCUGUUACGGUUCGAGAGAUGAAAUUGAGGAUUUAAGUUGUUUGAUUGAUGCAUAAGAAGCUAGAUAACUAGAUGAAUCAAAGAAGGUGGUGUUGUUGUAGUAGUUCAAGUUCUGGAAGAAGAAUUGAGAUUCAGAAGUUAAGAUUUUUGGAGUUAGGGUUUGUGUGGAAUUGAGAGGUGAUUUGGGUUGCUACUAGAUGAAGAAUAAAAGGGUCGUAGUUGAAUUGGAUGUUUGAAGUUGAUUCAGUGGCGAUUCAUUGAUGAGAAAUUAUUAGGGUUCUCUGGAAUUUGAUUUGGAAUCCGAUUAAGAGUAAAUAAGGAGAAGUUAGAAGAUGGAUUGAAGUUGGGUUUAUCACGAAUUAAAAUAUAAGGUUGAAGAAUUGCUUAAGAAAUUGCAGAAUUGGGGUUCAUGUUCUUCCUCAAUUUAAGAAUUAGGGUUUUGAGGAUUGAAGAUGACGAUGAAGGUUGAUGGCUUGUUGAUAGUUUUGCCCGGUUAAGGAAGGGGGUUUGGGUAUUUCUAGUAUGACAGUGACCAAUAAGGCUCUUCUCAUGAAGUUAUGGUGGAGUAUUCGUUCUUCAAAUAAGAAAUGGGCACGUUUCUUAUGGGCCAAGUUUACCACACGAACUGAAAGAAUUAAACUUUAUGGCGUCAGGUCUUCUACUUUGCCGAGAGUUAGGAUGGUGCAUGAUUUGGUGGAUAAAAAACUAAAGUUCUUCUCGGUGAUGGCAGAAAUACCUCCCUGUACUAUGAUGUAUGGUAUGGGAAUGUUAGUAUUGCUGAGAGGCUUGGUGAAAAUGACCUUGAUAGUUCUGUCAAGGUUAGUAAUCUUUUCUUUGAUAAUGCUUGGCACUUGCAGGGUGAGCACGUUCAUAACUUGACUCGUGCUGGAGUUGAUCUGAACAAUUUGCCGGUUCCUCAAGGUGGGGAGGAUUUAAGAGUUUGGAUGCCAGAACUGAAUGGUAAGUUCUCUGUCAGUUCAACUAAGCAGUUAAUCAGAAAAAAGUUUGCAGUUUUGGAGGUGUAUGGCCUUUCGUGGAGGAAAGCUAUUUAUCCUAGUUUAGCUGCUCAAAACUGGAAACUGUAUAGAGAAGCUUGUGCAACGCAAGAUAAAAUAAAGAGUAGAUUUAAAGUUAAUCUUGCUUAAAAGUGUUAUCUCUGCAAGUCGGAGGAGGAAUCCCUGGAACAUAUCCAAUGGAGCUGUUUUUUUUGCAGUUCAGGCUUGGGAUUGGAUCGCAGAGAGUUUUGCAUUUGAUUCAUGAAUAUUCCAUUCGUUUGAAGAGUUGUAUGCAUAACACAACUUCAGACCUUGAUAUUCUGAACUACUUUCGUGUGGUUCGUAGAAAGGUGAAGACUUCUCAGCCAAUGGAAUGUUUUUGGUAUCCCCCGAAUGAUGAUGAGUUAGUGAUUUGCUGUGACGGUGCGGCAAAAGGCAACCAUGGGGUUGCAGGCGCAAGUGCGGUGGUAAAAGAUGCGAACUGUAAUUUUGUAAGAGCCAUGAGUAUUGGCUUAGGCAGAACUACAAAUUUCCUGGCGGAGCUGUAUGGAGUUAUUGUGGGCCUGGAGUGGGCUUUGAAGUGGGAGGUCCGUAAAAUUGUGGUGAGAACUAAUUCAGUUGGAGCUUUAACGGCCCUUUCUACCUCUAAUGUUCCUUGGUUCCUCAGCAAAGGUGGAGAGAUAUUCAAGGAAAAUAUGAUUCAAUUCGUUUUGUACAUUGUUAUCGUGAAGUCAAUUUUGCAGCUGAUACUAUGGCUAAUAGAGGUUGUUUGCUAAGAAAUGGAGUAGGCAUGAUAUCCAGAUGUCUCUUAUUUCAGAUUUAAGUAGUUUGUAAGUUUUUGGGGUCUUUGGACCUCUUUUCUUGUAAACUCUUUGUAAAUAUUUGUUAUUUAUCAAUACAAUUUGGACUUACCAAAAAAAAUUGUUGAUAGUUUUGAGAUGAGUUGCUCAAUUGGGUCAAGGGAAUGAGGAAUCUGAUUUCAAUUUGCAGGAGUGGAUCUUUGGGAGGUAAUUGUUCUUCUUAGAUAACUUGGUAACGUUAUUUGAUUUUGAAUUACUGAGUAUUGAAUUUGUUAAUUGAGCUGAGAACUGAGAUGAAUAUGUGUGUAUGGAAUGGACUUGAUAUUUUGGGAAAUUUGGUUGUAAAGAUGUUGUUUGAAUGGAAAUUGGUGUUGUUUUGUUGGUGGCAGUUAAUGUAAGUUACAGAUGAGGAAGAUGUUGUAAGGUUAUGGUGUAUGUUGGUGCUUUCUGGAAAUGGAGCCACAGAUGAUGAACAUGAAGGAGUUAAUGAUAUUGGUAAGCUAUCUAGUAGUGGUUUUGUGGUUGUUGUGGAGAUGUAGGGUUGAACUUGCAGAAGGAGAUGUAAUAUGGUGAAUUUGAUAAAUAUAGAAUGUAAAUUAAGGUUGUUUGAUUCAGGAAUGAGUUUGGGUUGGUGUAGAAACAUGGAUUGAAUUAGUGAGAUUACAGGGUUAUGAUAAUGGUGAUGUAAUAAAUGAAGAUGAUAUAUAAUGUUGUUUGUAAGGUGAUGAAGCUGACAUGGUUGUAUGACAGAAGUGUUGUGACUCUGAAAUACUUUGGCUAGGCAGUGGAUUGCUUUGGGUUUUGAUUGUGCAGGAUGUGGUUGUAAUGGAUUUGAGUUAGGUUAUGUUGAAGUGCUUAGAGCUUGGGUUGCAAACUGUGUUGAGGUUGAGUUCUGAGUUAGACCUAGAGGUGGCUGUAGUUGAGUUUGGUGAUGAUAAGAGUUGCAGUUAGUGGUUGCUGUGAAAAGCUUAGAGCUGCAAUUGUAGGUAAGCUGAAUCUUGUAAUUGCUUUUGUGUUAUAAGUUGAUUGAAGUAAUUAUAUAAAAGUUUGUUAGAAUUCAAUGUUAAUGAAAUAGAGUUGAAAUGAAA